CCAAACCCUAGCAGAAGCAGCUCUCCCUCUUAACUAUCACUUUCACUGUGGCAACUCAAUCUUUUAAAACUCUAGCAGGCAUUUCUCCACUCUCUCCAAGGCAUAGGUAUCAGGUGGUUCGUUGUCCUUUAUUUUAUGCUUUCCCUCUAAGUAGGGUUGUGAAAUUUCAGGAAGUGUUACUCACAAGAAUGAGUAUACAUGCCAUUGGUAUAUAACCUGAUGUCAGUUCGGGAAGCAUUGAUAUAGAGUUUGUAUCCACCUAACAAAGUUAACCAUUUGAAGAGGAGGAAGCUUUCAUUGUCUUUGUUACCUACUUGUUUUUGAACCAGUAAGGGGCAACGGCUGGAUUUGCACAAGUUACUAGUAACAAGUUGUCUGCUGAAUCUAUCAUCAAAUGUCGGAAGGUGUUUUGUCAGUUGUCAGAUCCGAGAUGAAGUCCUACAUCUGGCUUCAAACUACUGAUGGAUCAAUCCAACAAGUAGAAAAAGAGGUUGCAAUGUCUUGUCCAGUUAUUUGCCAAGAAAUUCUCCAAAAAGGCUUGGGUUCUUCAAAAAACUAUCCUAUAGUGCUUCCAGAACGUGUAAAUCCUGCACUGUUGGGAUUGAUACUUGAUUACUGCCGAUUUCAUCAAGCGCCUGGUCGAUCUAAUAAGGAGCACAAGACUUUUGAUGAGAAGUUUAUUCGAAUGAGUACACAAAGAUUGUGUGAGUUGACCUCUGCUGCUUACAGCCUGAAAUUGAAGCCUUUAGUUGAUCUCACAUGUCGCGCACUUGCUAGAAUAAUUGAAGGAAAAACACCUGAGGAGGUACGGGAGACAUUUCAUAUACCUGAUGACCUCACAGAGGAGGAGAAGUUGGAACCUAUCAGAAAUAUAACUGAUGACCCACAUAUUCGGCGUUUGAAUCGAUUAUAUGCCAAAAAACGGCAAGAAUUGAAAGAGAGAGACAAACCAAGGAACACUAGGGUUAAGGAGGAGCAUGUGGAUGAACGUUCAGUUGAUGAUCUGUUAUUGUUUAUAAAUGGAGGUAAAGACUCAAAGGGUGUUCAAACGACUAAGAAUAAAAAGAAAAAUAGAAGAAGAAAAGAGAAAGAAAAAGACUCUGCCUCUAAUCAUUCAGAUGUUUGUCCUCUCUCUCUCUUUGAGUUUAAUGCUGCUUACGAUGCCAGGAGUGAGGACAAUGUUGAUCACAUUUUGUCAUCAACUCCUAGUGAAACUGCAAAGUUGCAAGACUUUGUUGAGCUUGAGCUUGAGCUUGAUGAGAGUGAUAGUGAUGAUGGUUUGGAUCCUGCAAUGAAAAAGGAACUUGACAGGGAAGUGGAGAACUUUGCUCGCAUAUUGAAUUCAAACUGGCUAGAAAGGAGGCAAGAAAUUUUAUCAUUAGGCAAUGAAAGGAGACUCGUACCAGUAUCUGGAAAUAUCAGUGGUUCAAUAAGUAGAUUUACAAGUAAGCAGCUUUUUUAUUUUUCUUUUCCCUUAAUUGCUUGUAAUUGUGGUUGUCUUUACUCUUGGAUAUUCUUUACUCCUCAUUUACUUUGAAGAUGUUUUUUUUUAAUGAAGACUCCAAAGAGGGUUUUGUUUAGAGCAGAAGAGGGUAAGUUUGUGAAUGUGGUAUUGUUGACGAAAAGUGAAUAGAGAUUUUGGGUUCAAGAAGAUAAAAAUGAUUUAUUUCAAGGAUAAGCACACCACUCCCUACAGGACAUGAGAAAACAAAGAUGGAUUUCCAUUUUUCAGAAGGCACUGCAGCUUGAGCGGUUUUGAAGUAUAUGCCCGUACCAAAUCUACUGCUACCAAUUACUUGGCAUUGGAUUUGGUGGCAGUGCAUGUGAGCAUUGCAAUCAAGCCAUGUUGUAGGAACAAAGGAAGAAAACAAAGGAGAAGACAUUUCUAGUUUUGCUUAUUCUUUCAAUUUGUUGUGUUGCCAGUCGCCUGGGACUCUUGGAACAAUAACAAAAUAGUGAUGGUUUCUAGUUUUAAUUUUCGUUUCUUCUGUAAUCCCUUUGUUCAAAGCAUGGAGAUCUCAUUAACCUAAGCUUUGCAUGAAAUUUCUUCGAACAUGAAACAAUGAGAUAAUAAUUGCUAAUAACAACU